AUGGGCCGGCCUUGCUGGAUCACACAUGGCCACACACAGGAAUAUAACCAAGCGCUAAGUGACCGUAAUCCCCGCACUCGGAUCCAGCCAGUUAUUAAAGUACAAAAGGGCAAAUGGAGGCCAGAGGUCGGGGCAGUGAACCGAGGGCAGACAAGAGAAUCGCGGAGGGCAUCUGCACACAACCGCCGCCGUUUCCAGGCCAUGCUUCCUGCUGCUCAGAUGCUCCGGCUGCCAAUUUUGCACUACUAUCCGGUCAAUCUUUUCUGCUUGAUUGCUCUGCAGCCCAACGGACAAUCUGGCUGA